AUGCCCAACAAGAAGAACCGCAUCGUGGGCGGGCAGGAGACGCAGGUGAACCAGUACCCGUGGAUGGCCAAGCUCUUCUACCGCGGCCGGUUCUACUGCGCCGGCUCCCUCAUCAACUCCAAAUACGUGCUCACCGCCGCGCACUGCCUGCACGGGAUUCCAAUUCAGUACGUGGAUAGUUGCUUGAUCUAUACUCGUGGGCGGGCGGCGUGCGCAGGUCGCAACUUCACGGGCGCGCGCGCGGUGGCGGCCGGCUGGGGCACGACGUCGCAGGGCGGGGCCGUGUCGCCCGUGCUGCGCGAGGUGGAGGUGCCCGUGAUGAGCAACGACGAGUGCCGGCGCACGGGGUACGGCGCGCGCCGCAUCACCGACAACAUGCUCUGCGCCGGCUACCCCGAGGGACGCAAGGACUCCUGCCAGGGCGACAGCGGUGGCCCCCUGCACGUCCCCAUGGACAAGCUCAUGUGCAUUGCUGGUGUGGUGUCGUGGGGCGACGGCUGCGCGCGGCCCAACUACCCGGGCGUGUACACGCGCGUCAACCGCUACCUGAGCUGGCUCAAGGCACACACCAUCGACGCGUGCCCGUGCUCGCCUCCGGGCGGCGCCGCGCCCGCCCCCGCGCCCGCGCCCGGCGCCUACCCCGGCGCCUCCACCGCCCCGCCGCACGCCUACCCGCCCACCCCGGCGCCCGUCACCGAGAACACCGGCGAACGCCACCGCCACCGCCUCUUCGGCUGA